AUGCUGGAAUUCAAGAAGAACGGUGAAGAAUCAGCUCAAAGAAGGUUCAAAAAGAAGGGAAAUGAUGAUGCUAAUGGUAGCCGCCGUACAACAAACCAAAACUAUAGAGGAAAUUAUAAUAACAGAGGAAACCAACGGAAAAACGGUUAUAGACAGGGAAAUAAAUAUGGUAGGAAAGCUUCUAGCUCAAGUCAGUCUUCUGCUUCAGAUCCUGGUGAUUCAUCUCGCUCUUCAGAUAACGAUCAACCAGUCAUUGAUCCAAGUAAUACCGUACCAAUUACAAAAGAAGCGCCAAUUGGAUACGCCUCACUUUUCAAGAUUAUCAAUAGAUCAGAAGUUAAAAUUACUAGAGAUGAAAAUGAAGAGCAUGAUGCUGCUAAGAAGUUCAAGGUUCUAUAUGAUCUUGAAAAUGGUUUUAACUCUGAGUGUCUUAAUUAUCAUGAAAAUCAUUUACCAUACUGCUGCUUUGAAGUUUUACAACAAUUUGAAGACUCAAUACCACCAUCAGUUAUUGAACAUAAUUUUAAGCUAGCUUUGGAUUUGAAAGCUCGAUUAAAUGGUAAAGUUACUUAA